GGAGCAGAGUCGACCUCCUCCAGCUCCACUCGUACUGCUGACAUCCCUCAGCGCACGAGUACAAUCCGGGCCUGUCUUGACUCCGGGCAUAUUCUUCAUGAAAUAUCAGCACGGAUAAGACAACGGCACAUACAUCAUCUGAAGGAUAUCGAAACACCUUAUUUAGUAGGUUAGGAUAUCUGUAGGGAGUCAUCACCUCUAGAGCAAGAUGUUAGAUCCGUCGUCCAGCGAGGAGGAAUCUGAUGGGAUAGUGGAGGAGGAAAGCAAAGAGGCGAUGGCACCCCAGGCCGGAUCCCGCAUCUCUCCAAGCAGGACAAGCGAGAGCGCGGGCGGGCUGGCUCCCAGCAACAGCCGCAGCAGCAGCAGUGCCCGUCCGACCAGCCCGAGCCCGUCCGCCGCCAGCGAGGAGAAAGAGGAUCUGGAGAAGAUGCAUAGGGAAGAAGAAGACCGUAAAAAGAAGCUGCAGUUGUAUGUUUUUGUGAUGCGAUGCGUCGCUUACCCCUUCAAUGCUAAACAGCCCACAGAUAUGGCAAGGCGACAGCAGAAGAUAACCGAGCAGCAGCUUCGGCAGACCAAGGACCGUUUCCAGGCCUUCCUCAACGGAGACACACAGAUUGUGGCUGAUGAGGCAUUCAUCAACGCUGUGCAGAGCUACAAUGAGGUGUUCCUAAAGAGUGACCGUGUGGCUAAGAUGGUCCAGAGCGGCGGCUUCUCGGCCAAUGAUUUCAGGGAAGUGUUCAAGAGGCACAUCGAGAAGCGCGUACGCAGCCUUCCAGAGAUCGACGGUCUGAGCAAGGAGACGGUGCUCAGCUCCUGGAUGGCCAAGUUCGACACCAUCUACCGCGGUGACGAGGAUCCACGCAAGGCGCAGCAACGCAUGACUGCCAGCGCGGCCUCUGAGCUGAUCCUCAGCAAGGACCAGCUGUACGAGAUGUUCCAGAAUAUCCUCGGCAUCAAAAAGUUUGAGCACCAGCUGCUCUAUCAAGCCUGUCAGUUGGACAACCUGGAUGAGCAGGCUGCCCAGAUCAGAAGAGAGCUGGAUGGUCGUCUUCAGAUGGCAGACCAGAUUGCCAGGGGUGGAAAGUUCCCCAAAUUUGUGUCUAAAGAAAUGGAAGCCAUGUUCAUUGAGGAGCUUAAGUCCUCAGUGAACCAGCUGAUGGCUAAUCUGGAGAGCAUGCCAGUGUCCAAGGGAGGGGAGUUCAAACUCCAGAAGACGAAACGGGGACACAAUACCUCCAUCAUCGACAUGGGCCAGGAGGACGAGAACACACUGUCCAAGUCUGAUGUGGUUCUGUCCUUCACUUUGGAGGUGGUGAUCAUGGAAGUGGUGGGGCUGAAGUCUCUGGCUCCGAACAGGAUUGUCUACUGCACCAUGGAGGUGGAGGGAGGCGAGAAACUCCAGACCGACCAGGCAGAGGCAUCCAAGCCAACCUGGGGCACCCAAGGGGACUUCACCACCACACACCCUCUGCCUGGUGUCAAGGUGAAACUGUUUACCGAGAGCACUGGGGUGCUGGCAUUGGAAGACAAAGAAUUGGGAAGGGUCGUCCUCCACCCGACUCCUAACAGCCCUAAGCAGUCAGAGCUCCACAAGAUGACUGUGACCAAGGCGUGCCCCGACCAAGAUCUGAGGAUCAAACUGGCCAUACGUAUGGACAAACCUCAGAACAUGAAACACUGCGGGUAUCUUUGGGCUUUUGGAAAGAAUGUUUGGAAGCGCUGGAAGAAGCGUUUCUUUGUCCUUGUGCAGGUGAGUCAGUACACGUUUGCCAUGUGCAGCUACAGAGAGAAAAAGUCAGAACCCCAAGAGUUGCUCCAGCUGGACGGGUAUACUGUGGACUACAGUGACCCCCAGCCAGGCUUGGAUGGUGGCAGGGCUUUCUUCAAUGCAGUGAAGGAAGGCGACACUGUGAUCUUCGCCAGCGACGAUGAGCAGGACCGCAUCCUGUGGGUCCAGGCCAUGUACCGAGCCACCGGCCAGUCCCACAAGCCUGUCCCACCCACUCAGGUCCAGAAACUUAACUCCAAAGGGGGUGCCUCGGCCCAAAUGGAUGCUCCCAUUUCUCAGUUCUCUGGACUCAAGGAUGCUGACAGAGCUCAGAAACAUGGCAUGGAUGAGUUUAUCUCCGCUAACCCCUGUAGCUUUGACCACGCCUCGCUUUUCGAGAUGGUGCAGCGGCUCACGUUGGACCACAGGCUCAAUGACACCUUCUGCUGCUUGGGUUGGUUUAGUCCAGGCCAGGUGUUUGUCUUGGACGAGUACUGUGCCAGGAAUGGAGUUCGAGGUUGUCACAGACAUCUGUGUUACCUGCGUGAUCUACUGGAAAGAGCAGAGGGUGGGGCUAUUAUUGACCCCACUCUUCUUCACUACAGCUUCGCUUUUUGUGCCUCUCAUGUCCAUGGGAACAGGCCGGACGGGCUGACCACAGUGAAAGUGGACGAGAAGGAGCGCUUUGAAGACAUCAAGGAGCGGUUGCGUGUGAUUUUGGAAAACCAGAUUGUAAAUUUCAGAUAUUGCUUCCCCUUCGGCCGUCCAGAGGGAGCACUGAAGGCCACAUUAUCUCUGCUGGAGAGGGUCCUGAUGAAGGACAUUGUGACCCCAGUCCCACCAGAAGAAGUCAAAGGAGUGAUCCGCAAAUGUUUGGAGCAGGCCGCUCAGCUCAACUACGAGCGGAUUCAAGAAUAUGCUACAAUCGAAGUUGAGAAAGGUCAAAAGGAUCAAAAGGAUCCAGAGAACGUAGGCCGCUUAGUCACGCCUGCCAAAAAGCUGGAGGAAACAAUUCGCCUGGCGGAGUUAGUCAUAGAGGUCCUCCAGCAGAACCAGGAACACCAUGCGGAGGCGGCAGUCACAAGUUCUGGAGAUCAAUCGGGAAAAGAGGUAUUUGCAUUGUGA